CCUUCUUUCUCACUGCAUUAAAAAGCAGGAAAGCAGGGUCAUGGUGCUAUCUAUGGCACCUCUUGGUGUCGCAGGUUGGCUAAUAAGAAGCUUUGCACCAGACUCUGAGUACUACAUUCUGACUAGUAGUGUUCCUUUUUGGGCUGGGCUAGUGGGCUUGUAGUGUUUUUUUUUUCUAGUCCAGAAGCCUGAAAUUCAUUCACAAUUCAAAUUUUACUGCAAAACGAAAACCCUAAGCUGUGAUUUGGGCUGUUUGUCCUCUUCAGUUAUCGAAAGAUGCAGGACCCGGAGGAGGAGACCAAGAGGAGGAGGAGGGAGAUGCCGGAGGAGAAGGACACCAAACGGCCAAAAUCCAUGACACUGGCCACCAUCCCUUCCUUGGAGGACUCGUUGGCCAGUACUUGUUUGACCAGAGUUGCCCUUACCCCCCAACAGCACGAAAACUGUGCCUUUGCUCUCAAAUUCUUCAAAGACAAGCUCCGGAUGCCCGAACAGAUCAACCGAGAGUGGGAUCAGUUAGAUGCCAUUUAUAUAACACAAUCCGAGGCGGACAAGCGUUGCACUGUGGCUCUCAACACUCUCAAUUUCUGCAAAAACCGGUAUGAUGAAUACGUAGCGUUCGAUGAAAAUAGGGUUGUUCUUAAAUCUUGUGCGGCAGGGGCAGGGGACUAUAUCAAUGCCAGCUUCAUCACAACACCAUCUUCCUCUUCUUGUUUUAUUGCAACACAAGGUCCACUUUCACACACCUUUGAAGCUUUCUGGGAGAUGGUCAUCCAGUACCGUUGCUCUGUAAUUGUCAUGCUUACUGACUUGGAUGAUAACAAAUGUGGAGAUUAUUUUCAGGCCGAUGACAAGGACGGCAUUAGUAGUAGAGAAUUUGGGAAUAUAUGUGUAGCCACUAAGUGGAUAAGAGGAGUUGGUGAAUUUGGAGAUGGUAAUUCGGAUUCACUAGUAUUGCGCCUUUUGGAGGUGAAGAAGAAUAAUAAUAAAGAACAGUCAUCAGACUCGGACUCGGAGGAACCUUCACCACCCAUGUCUGUUUUGCACAUUCAGUAUCCUCAAUGGCCCGACCAUGGAGUUCCCGAAGACACGUUUGCGGUUCGUGGAAUUUUGAAAAGAGUAAUGUAUCAGGAAGCACUCGCCAUACCCGACUGCGGCCCAAUUGUGGUGCACUGCAGUGCAGGUGUUGGGAGAACUGGAACGUACUGCACCAUUCAUGAUACACUGCAGAGAAUUCUUUCGGGGGACACGUCUGCUUUAGAUUUAGUAAAAACAAUAACCACAUUCAGGUCUCAGCGAGAUGGAAUGGUCCAGAAACCGGAGCAAUAUCGUUUCUGUUAUGAUGCCAUCAUUGAUGAAUUGGAAGAGCUCAUCUUGGAUGGAUCCCCACUUGGCAGUUGAUAUAUAGUGAAGUGAGCUAAGCUCCUCCAGUACCUGCUUUUGACAGGACAUGAGUUUCUUUACUUAUGCAAAAUUGAGUGAAGAGAAUCAGCAAGCGAGGCUUAACCUUCAAGUUAUUUAUAAUGUGCUUGGAUAGUUUGUAUGAAGUCUGUAUAGAGCUAUGACAAUGUCUGUAAACACUGUAUGAAGUCGUGCUGCCUUCCCACCACUUCCUAUGUUUCAAGCACUGUCAUCAGAGAAAAUCUGGGAACCCAAAGGGGAAAAAAUGUCCAUUGCAUCACCUCCCUAAUGUUUUCAGCUAAGCAUCCAAUUACAUCAUCAUCUGCAAUGCGAAUAGCUGCUUCAAUUGCUUCCACAGAGAGUUUGCAAAGGGAUUGGUGAAUUGCUUCCAUAGAGGAUCAGUGGCUUUAACAUGCGGUGCCCGUUUUGUGAGGACCGUAUGAUAGAAAAUGAACUCCGAGGGCAACUGCAAGGAGAGCCAUGUGUUUUACCUUUAGAUUGGCCUAAGGAUGGCAAUUCAAACCGUUAAAUCUGAUAACCAUGGAUAAGUGUCCAAAUGGAACGGAUUUGGGGAUGAAAAUUCGGUUAUAUUUCGGAUAUGGGGAAAAACCAGAAAUAUUAUUCGGUUUUGGUUUUGGAUAUGGUUAUUAUAGGGGUCUCCAAUUUAUAUCCAUCCCCGAAUCUGACCCGAAUAAUACAUGUUAUGUUACUAUAUGUAUAUGUAUUCACUGAAACUCAUUACCUUGAGAACUACGAAAGUUGCAUUUUGUGAGAAAGUUCAAAAGUUCUGAAUCAAAAGCAAUGAGAAUUCAAUGGUGCUUA